AUGUGGGCUGGUAAGUCUGCCCCGGCCCCGGCCACGCCCACUACCUUCCAUCAGGGGGACCUGAGAUUAGGUCACUACAAACUUACCAUCUUCACAACGCCAAGGACAGAUCUUUUUUCCUACACAUCAGGGCGCUACCUGUAUGAUGAAAACCUCCGCUUUGAAGAACGCUAUGUCGAAUUCGACGUCAAGGCGCUGGAGGCCAUAGCUUCAAGUGUCGUGUGUAAGAACAAAACUUUUAUUCUCACUAUGAACGACGGUUUCGAGGUCAUAGUCAAAAUACCGUAUCGACAUACCGUCCCAAAAAUACUGACCACUGAAAGUGAAGUUGCAACUCUUGACUUUCUGCGUCAAAAAGGAGUGCCUGUACCGAGGGUAUAUGCCUACUGCUCGAAGCCAGACAAUGCGGUGGGGACUGAGUACAUCAUUAUAGAGAAGGCUCCAGGGCAGGCUUUGGAUCGUCGGUGGUUCGAUCUCACACCUAAGGAGCGAAUCCGAUUAGUCACCAGUUUUGUUGAGAUCGAGCGAAAGCUUUUCUUGAUUCCUUUUAGUUCCCAUGGCAGUAUCUAUUAUCGGGAUAGCUUGCCUCAACACCUCCGCUCGGACCUUUACGAAACGUCACACGAGGAUGACGGAAGCCAUUUCUGUAUCGGACCCUCGACUGAUUACAUGUUUUGGCGAGGAAGACGGACUCUACUUGACAUUGACCGUGGGCCAUGGACCGAUCAUCGGGAGUAUGCCCGUUCUGUGGGCCAACGAGAAUUAGCAUGGACCAAGAGAUACGGCAAGCCCCUGCAGAAUGGCUUUCCCCAUAACACUAUAGUCGAGGGAGAAAUCCCUCACGAGGCGAAUCUUGAUCUUCUCAACAGGUACAGCCUCAUAUCGCCUUUUAUCUUACCUAAAGACCGCAGAAAUCCGAUGAACAAAGCUACAAUACGACAUCCAGAUUUUAACCCGUCAAAUAUCUUUGUUUCGGAUUCUUGCGAAAUCUCAUGUAUCAUCGACUGGCAGCAUUGCUCGAUUAUUCCUUUACUGCUUGCUGCAGGCAACCCGCCGCUCUUUGAAAAUCCGGAUGGGAAACCUCCGAAAAAUUUGGAGAAGCCCUCGCUUCCCGAUAUUUAUGAUUCCUUGAACCCUGAAGAAAAGCUCAUGUUGAUGACCUUCAUCGACAACAAGCCCCACCUGGCAGCACUUCGGCAUCCUUUGAUGCCACACCGCCAACACGCAGUCGAGAGAGCCGGUCGGCAGUGGAGUGGCAACGUGAUCACGCUUAAAGGUACUCUUGUUCGGCUUAAUGAUUGGUUUCAAGCGACGAUCCUACUCGACCAUUGGCGAUCUCUUCUUGAUGACCUAGGACAUGAUGGUUGGGUCAGGCAUGAAUCAUUCGAAUAUGUUACGGAGAUGAAUAAGAAGCUGAAAGAAGACUGGAUAGCUCAGGCAGAGGACGAGGAAGACUUGGUAUCUGUGGAUCAAUUUUGGCCAUUCCAGGACCACGAAGAAUUUGGCUGA